UUGCCAUCACACCACAACCAAGAUGAACACGGUCGUGUCUGCAAAGUUGGUACGCAAGUGUUUGUUCGGCGCCGUGGACCGCGACCAGGUGGACCGAGACUUGGAACGGAAUCUCCAGCAGUCUAGCCAAGACGACAGCCAGCGCUGGAACUUCAAUUUCAAGACGGAAACCCCGCUGCCCGGCAGCUUGCAGUGGGAGAAAAAUCCCGUGGAGCGCAUCGCUGCCUUUUACCACGAGUCCAAAAGGGGCCAGAAAACUUGGUGCACCCCUAAGGCGUAUGAGGAGUCGGACACUGAAGACUGCCCAGGUCAAAUGUGUCCUCCUGAAGUCACCCCUGGACCAAAGAAGCGGACACUACCAAAGUCUUCAGUCAAGACCACAGACAAUGAAACUACAGAUGUGUCUGUUCCAGCAAAGCAACGUUGCGCUAAAAUGGUACAAAUCCACGUCUGAAGAUGAACGUUCAGUCUAACUGUCGCACUUAAAGUUUUGUUCAAUGUUGACAUGACAUUUUGUAUGUUAUUCAAAAUACCACAAACACAAUUUAUUGCCUAGAUGAGUUGUUUGUGUAAAAAAAAAAGUUCAGUCACCAAACCUGGUCUUGCAUACAUUUCACCUAAUAUAGAGUCAAUAUUGGAAUUGUUCUAUUCACCAUAUGCCUGAUAUUUUUUGUUAUGACUACACAGGAAUGUUGAAAUUAAAGCAUUGUGGUGGUUUCUUGCAGUAGACAUUGCAUUCAUUUUGAAAUGACCAAAACAUUGAAAGGGGAGAAGCCAGCCAGUGUUUGCUUUGAUUAGUUUAAUGACAGAAUUAACAAAGGCAAUGCAUAAUAAAUAUGUCAAGUGGUUCUGGCUGCAGGAGUGAUAUAUGGAUGGGCUAUGCAGAAAAACAACAAAAAAAUAGUGGCACGGUUGUGUUUUCAUUUCAAAAGCCUCUCAUACACACAAUACAUUUUCGAAAAAAAGACCAAAAGGUGGCGCUAUUCAGUAAGCAUCGCAUUGUUUUGAAGCGGGGCUUUCCCGUGCGGUCAAGUAAGUAGGCGUGGCAACAGUCCAGUCACUCUUGGUCACUUUGACCUCAAAGCAUUCAAAGAAUGACCCUGGAGGAAAGAUUAAACUAAUGCUAUGCAGCUAGGAAAUAUUUGAAGUGAACCAAACUACUGAAAACUAUUUCAAAGAAUGCAAAACAUGACCACGCGCCAGCAGAGCAAGUAAGACAAGAAAACUAAGGCAACCUUCUAUGGUAGACAAAAGCACACCAGAUUGUCUUGCAAAUGCACCUAACAGGCCACGGACUUAUAUUUUGUGUGUGAUAUUUACCAAGAUCUACUGUAUGUCAUCGUCACUUUAUAAAGUGGUUGACGUGCAAAAAGGAGACAAAAAAAAAAAAAAAAAAUCUGCCUCGUGCUAUUUACUCACAGUGUUGACAAAACUAAUUGAAUGGAUUAAGACACAAACUGGGAACAACCUUCACGCUUUUGUCAAAGUAUAAAUGCACGGAAUUAGU